AUGAAAAAUUGCACUCUGCUCAAACAACUCGAGAUCAGCACCACCACUCACAUCUUAGAUCUCAUUCACAAGACUUCAUCCAAACAUCAUCUAUCUGACUUAUAGACUCAACAGAUCUCACAGUAUUACAAACAACCACCUUCCAUAAACUCAUUUCUAGAAUUGUAUUCCCUCAGCAUGUUGCGUUGUGAUUGUGUCAAAUACCAACAAAUCGUGGAUGAAAUCAAUGAUCAGAUUCAUGCCUUCUUCCAGACUCAGACCCCUUUAAUCCAAAAGAUAAUGGCCUAAGAAAGGAAGUCCUAGCCAGAGCCAGAACCAAUGCAGAUUGAGGACGAUGAAGAUCAAAAUAAUAUGAACAAUCCAGAUGAUCCCAUCUAGCAAUAGCAAUUACAAUAAGAGGAUCCACAACAACAACAACCAUCCCAACAAACCAAUGUCCCUUGUUCCCAACAACAACAGCCAGCCAACACCUAAUAGACAACUCAACCAUCCCAAAGUAUAGAAGAUGAAAUUUGCAUUCCCAAUUCUGUUAAAUUAAAGUACAGAAGAAUAAAUAACGGACCCUCUGAAAAAGAAGCCAAAUGCGACAACUGUGUAUGUCAAGGCAAACCACCAUCAGAAUCAGAUAAUUUAAUACAAUGCCUUUUAUGCCUAAAUUACUUGCAUUUCAACUGUAUUGCCAAAUCCAAAGAAUCCUUUGACAAGUGUUACAAAGAUUUAGAAUUUGUGUGUCCUCCAUGUGUGCUCAAAUACAUGGAUCAUUUCAACAAAAUAUAGAGUGCCUUGGUUCCACCCUCUCCCUUCCAACAAAUGGGCCAAAUCAAUCACAAGGCCUUCAAUUUCGCCUGCGAUAAAAGCAUCAUCAAUAUCAGAUGUGUGAGACAAGAGAAUAAGACCAAUUGUGAAGAAAUCACUUGGCCUGAUAUUGGAGAACUCUUCUUAAAUCAAAAGAAAAUCCAGGAUUUCAAACCACUCAUUAACAAUCACAGUCUCAAAAAACGUAAGGAUGAUCACAUCCUCACUACUGAAGUACUCCCAUAGAAUUGUUUGCAAAUUAAAGAAUGUAUACCUACUCCUGAUCAGAGGAGCCAAUAUAGAAUCUCCUUGGGUCACUUGUAUUUCCUGGGAGUAUAUUCAAUAGAGUAAUUCAAUUCAAAGUAAUUACUCGAUAAUGUCUUCAACAAUAGUGAAAAUUGGAUGAACAUCGAAUAAUGCCAGGAUUUCAUCUCUCUUUAUCUGAACAAACAUUAAGCUGAUGAUAUUAAGGUAGAUAGUCUCACUGUCCAAUUGACAUGUGCAAUCACCUUCAAUUUGAUGAAUACCCCAGUCAGAGGGUCUUUCUGUUAACACAUCCAAUGUUUUGGAUUGGAAAACUACAUUACAGCCAUGUACUCCAUGCAACCCAGAAAAUGGAGAUGUCCCCUAUGUAAAAAGAAACUCUUCACUAUUUAGGUUGAUGCGUAUCAAUAUGCGAUCUUGAACACAAUCAAAAAGUGUGAUAUCUAAGUGAAUGAAAUCACUUUCGACAACAAUGGACAAAUAGUCAAUGAGAACAUUCAAAAACUGCUCUGUUUAGACAAUCUGCCCAACUAUGCCAUUAAGAAUAACAACCGUAUGAUAAACUUAGAGAUGCUGUCCAAUGAAACCAACAACAUCUUCUAUAAGUUGUAGAUAAUCAAAAACAAGGAGUCUGUCAACCCACCCGUUUAUUCAAACACCUUAUAAAAUGUAAUUAAUAAUAUGAUGUUGUCGUCCAAUCAACAUCUCAGGAGCAAUAGUUAUGCGAACUUCUAUGCCAAUAAUUAUUACAUAAAUUAAAUGAAGAUACAAUAAUAAGCAAGAAUGGAAGAACAACAAAAACUAUAAACAAACAAAUCUAAGAUUGGACAAAAUCAUGACUCAGCCAUUAUUAUAGAAUGA